UUUUGAUCGUAAACAGCUGCUAAUCGCAUCGCACCGGGUGCUCGCAACGUUGUGCAAAAUUUUGGUUCAAAAUUUUGGAAAUAAUCGUGAAAUUCCCGUGAAAACUAUCUAUAUGUAUAAACUUUUGACCUCUCUCAGACCUAAUGUAGUUGGUAGUGCUUCCGUGAUACGGUUUUAUUCAUCCAAUCUCAAGCCGCAACGUAAGUCCCCGAAAAUGCCGCUGGACCCAAAACACAUUGCCGAAGCCCAAAAGCAGCGACUGAAGCUGAAGCAAAAGAUCAUCAAAGCGUCGCCGGGGAUCGUAAAUUUGCAAAUUGUGGGCUCGGGGGCACCCGGCGCUCCAGCGUCCGUUUAUUUGUUCAGCGACCAAACGAGGUAUUUGUUCAACUGUGGCGAAGGAACGCAACGGUUGGCGUAUGAGCACAAGACGAAGCUUUCCUGUUUGGAGAAUAUUUUUAUGACCAGGACGUGUUGGGAGCGGAUCGGGGGUUUGCCGGGGAUAUGUUUGACCAUGCAGGAUGUGGGUGUUCCGAAUGUUACGUUGCACGGCCCUCCGGGACUGGAUGAGCUGUUCAAGGCGAUGAGGCGGUUUGUAAUCUUGAAGGACAUGAAAGUAGAGGCGGCGGAAUGUAAAGCGGAGGAUUUGUUUGAUGACCAUGUGAUGAGCUUGAAAUAUGUGGCCAUCAAUAGAGAACCCGAGUCUGUGUCCAACUCGGAUGAGGAGAAUCAGGAUGAAGAUACGACGGUGGACGAUACGGAUUACUACGCUUACGAGAAGCGAAAUAAAGCAGCACCUAAGCCAAAACUUGCCAUGACCCAGCAAGAUUGGACAAAGCGGCACGAGGAAACGGUAAUGGCUUAUAUUUGUAAACUUAAGCUGAGAUUCGGUCAGUUGUCGCUCGAGAAAUGCGUUGACCGGGGAGUGACACCGGGGCCACUACUUGGUCAGUUAAAGAAUGGCAACGACGUGACCCUUCCCGAUGGAACCGUGGUCAAAUCCAGCGACGUUCGAGGACCGGAUGAUCCCGGACCGGUUUUCAUAUUCAUUGACAUUCCCAGCGAAGAGUAUCUUCGCGAUCUGGACGACAAAAAUGAAGCUUUCGCGCCUUACCAGAGCACGGCCACGGAAGAGUCUAACCAGGCGAUGUAUGUGCUGCAUUUUAGUCCCUUGGACGUGAUGCAGAAACCAGAAUAUAGGAAAUUUAUGGACAGGUUUUCGGCUAGUACAAGGCACAUCGCCUUGAAUGAGAUUAAUAGCUUUUCAGGGUACAUUGCAUCUCAUCGAAUACAGUAUCACUUGAACCAACUAGAUGGCGGCAUUUUUCCACUUCUGAAGGAAGCAAAUAACGAUUACAAUGCAAUAGAUUCGGAAAUGCAUGAUUUCGAUAUGGUUAAAACUUCUUCACUGAGUUAUCUGCAUGUUCGACCAAAGAAAGGGAUUGAUAGGACGCUGGAAGCUAAACUCAACCCCUCAGAGUAUCUCCAGGAGCUGGAAGUUCUGCCGGAGUUUAAACUAGCCCUGGACCAGCUCCAUCAAAAGAUGGCCCAGAGGAAACCGCAACAAGAGCUGGUGGCUCGAUCGGAAAAGUACCCUCGCGUAGUGUUUCUCGGAACGGGGUCGUCGAUUCCGAACAAAACUCGAAAUGUUAGCGCCAUCCUGGUGCACACUGGCCCGGGCUCAUCGAUUUUGUUGGACUGUGGAGAAGGAGCUGCCGGUCAGAUUAUACGACUGUACGGUCACGAGCAAGCCAAAAACGUUUUUAGGACUAUCAAAGCCAUUUACAUUUCGCAUCUGCAUGCAGAUCAUCACUUAGGUCUGUUCGGAUUACUUCAAACCAAACGCAAAUUGCUGGGUUCUGAUAACGAGAAGAUUCUGCUAAUAGCUCCGGAACAAAUCUCCUAUUGGUUAAGGUUGUAUGACUGUCGGUUUGAACCAGUACACAAGGAUUACGUUCUCAUUAAAAACGCCGAACUGGUUGAUGAACCCCUACGUGAUGAGCGCAUUAACGACUUAGGCCUAACGGAAGUUGUCACCUGCCGUGUGCGUCAUUGUCCGCACUCGUUUGGAGUUUCUCUGAGCAUGAACUCCUGCCAGAAAGGGGAACCAGGCGAACCGGUCAAGAUAACCUACAGUGGCGAUACGAUGCCGUGCCAAAAUUUGAUUGACCUUGGGCGAGAUUCGACGAUCCUUAUUCACGAAGCCACCAUGGAGGACGAACUGGAGGCGGAAGCACGGGUCAAGAUGCACAGCACCCUGUCGCAGGCUAUAGAGCAGGGCAAGAAGAUGAACGCCAAGUACACGCUGCUGACUCACUUUAGUCAACGGUACGCGAAGAUUCCGCGUAUCGAGUCGGAGCUGGAGACCAACCUGGGCAUCGCAUUCGACAACAUGGAGGUGACGCUGGACGAUUUACCGCAGUUGAGUUUGUUCUACCCAGCGCUGAAGGCGAUGUUCAUAAGCCACUUCGAAGAGAUGGAACAGAAAGCGAUAAAGCGGGGAAACAAGCGGAUGCGACUAGAGGGUGGCAGCGGUAACAAUAGCAAGGAAUCAUCACCAACGCGGUAGGAGGAAUGCAAAAUUAUUAAAUAGAUAGGUUUUGUUAUGAAUGAAAUGAUGGUUGAAUGAAAUGAAUUGAUUUUCAUCAAUAAAGACUUCAAACACUUCGUUAAAUA